GUCCUUUUUUUUUUUAAAAUGCAUUUCAACUUUCUUUGAGAGGUUUGGAAAAAGCUAGUAUUUUGUCUUGAUACAUUAAAAAAUAUACAGUUGCCAGUUAUUCAGUUAAAUAUUGAUUUACAUUCAUACAGUAAUUUCUUCCAUCCAUGCAGUGCAUGUAAGUUCUAAUCUUUUUUGUGCAUCUUUACACCUCUACAUUUGUGUGUGCUCAUGUGACAGUGCAACAGGUCAGCAGUGACAGUGUUUCAGUAGCAGCUGCAGUCUGACUGUGCUUCCUGUGAGUUGGCAGCAGGAGUUUGCUACUUCUCCUUGUAAACCCUACGAUCUCUGCACUGCAAGGACAACACACACGGUGAGUAACACAAUGUUUCUUUCUCUUUUCAAUGAGGCACAGACGGCAACAGUUUGUCAUUUUGAAUUAUGGUUUGUUGGCCCGCUGCUUUCUGAGCUGUCAAAACGAACUUUCUUCCUACUGCAGACAGCACCUUACCUGCCAACAGAGUCCAGGUGAAGCUGGUGAUAGCUUAUUGAUUUCUUCUGUCAAAUCAAUUUCUGUCAUGUGUACAAAAGAAAAAUGAUGAGAGGACAGGUUAAAUCACUAUGUUUGUGGUGUUUUUGGCCUCCAAAUAACAGGAAUAUGUGUUUCUGUGGGUAAGACAGACAAGAGAAAAUACUUGUUACACCAGUGUUAAAUGUGCUGUUUUUAUAGCUUCCCAAAAUGCAUGUAGACAUCUUGGUUAAACCUGGGUGUGUUAUGUCCUUUACUAUGGAGGCUGCAGCCAAGUACGACUUUGAAGCUACAGCUGAUGAUGAACUCAGCUUCAGAAAGGGAGAGAAAUUGAAGAUUCUGCAGACCACUGGGAACUGGUACAAAGCAGAGCUGAAUGGAGCUGAGGGGUUUGUACCCAAAAACUUCAUCAGCAUUCACCUGCCCAGCUGGUACCAGGAAGAUGCCAGUCGCAGUGACGCAGAGGAGAAGCUGAUGUCACAACCUGUGGGGGCCUUUCUGAUACGAGGCAGCCAAAGUGCAGCCCUGGGUGACUUCUCUAUCUCUGUCAGACAUGCAACAGAUGUACAGCACUUCAAGGUGCUGCAGGAUGGGAGAGGGCAGUAUAAGCUGUGGUCAGAAAAGUUCCCUUCUCUCAACCAGCUGGUGGAAUUUUAUAAAAAAAACACUGUCUCUAAACACACUCAGAUAUUUCUACAGGAGACACAACAACAGAGAGGAACUUCAGACAAUCUCCCACCUCUCCCUGCUUCUCUCCAUACUCCUCCAGUGCUCGACCGCCCAUGUGAACCUGCACCACGACAGGUAUUUAAUACGCACAAAGCUUCCUCCACCAGGAAGGUCAAAGCUCUGUACAGUUUCCAUGCUGAAGACACAGAUGAGCUGGAGUUCAGCGUCGGCGAUAUCAUCGAGGUCCUGGAGUGCUCUGACCAGGCCUGGUGGAGAGGCCAGCUGAGGGGCAGGACAGGCCUGUUCCCCUCCAACUACACCAGCCCCAUCUGAGAGGAGCACACAAAUAAAGACAAACAGGUGUAAUAUUACAGUAAUGUUUUAUUCCAAUUAAUGCCUUAUGCUAACAGUCUCAACUUAACCCUGAACCUGCAUGAAGUCUUCAAUAGAAUAGAAAAAUAUAAAACUGGUUGUUUGUCAAACUGCUUUCAAAGAUUUAACACAUGAAGUUUAUAUAUUGGAUUCAAUAUUUUAUAUAUUUAUAACAUACAGCAAUCCUAAACAUUAUGAAUUUGAUUCCAAUAAAUCUGGAAAAAGUGACAUCUGCUUUUACAAAGUGACUGAUAAUACAAAAUAAUCAAACCAAUGCCAUGGUCAUGUACUGUGUCAGUUAUACUGUAACACUGCUGUCCUUUAUUCCACUGAAUUUGGUCUGAGUAUUUGACAUAAACUGUAACCUGCAAUAUAAAAGAUAUGAAUAUGUCACAACAGUAAUGUAUUUAUUUUUGAAAAUGCUUUAUUUUUUAAUAAAAAACAUUGA